ACCUAAAGUGACGGCAGAACGCUUUGGUGGUGGUACUUGUAGGAAGAGGAGGGAGCGCAGUCGUUAACUGACGAUUUAAGUCGGAGCUUCAGGAGCCCGCCUCGCACUCUCGGUCCGGAUUUCUUGUGCCCUGGUUUGUAGUUCGAUCUCCCUUUCCUAUUUCCCUUUUCUGUUUCCCUGGUUUCCAGCAACUUUGUAGAUAUGGGUUCGAAGAGAUGGUUAUUUUCUAGAAGUUGGUGGGUUAGUUGUAGUGGUAUACAGUAUAUUGUUAUAUUACUUUAUGCACUUUCUUUAUUCAUCUCAGGUUGUUUUACUGCUGAUUCAACCUAGCUAAUUUGAGAUUCAGUGUGCAGAUGGAGUCGUACCGAUCACUGCCUGAGCAUGAAUGUUGGGCAAAGAAUAUUCAAUUCUUUACUGUGGGCAGCUCCAAAUCACAUGGCCAAGUGAAAUGCUUUACAGCUAGAAUGGGUUGUGAGAUUGGGUUUGUCUCCAUGCGCAUCAUCCCACGAAGUCAGUCCCAGGAAGAGGAAGCUGCCUUCUUGACGGGAUUCUGCGACUACCAUCAACCAAUAGUCUCACGAGAUGGGGUUGUUAAAGUUCCCUUUUUCAAGGCCCUCAGGGAUAUAUUCCUGGCUCUGGAAAUGCUCCAUUAUGGGAGAGGGAGGCCGCACAGCAACUUAAAUGAUGCGGCGAGCAUUGUAUUCCAGAAGAAGUCGAAUGGUUUUUCUGUGAAAUUAAGAGGUCUUAAGCCCCCUCCAUCUAAAGAGGAUUUGGACGAGAAAACACGUAAAGAUUGUCCGGAUGUGGAUGGGCUGAUUAAACAGCGUAUUAAAGAUGCCAAAACUAAAGAUUGUGAGGAUUUGGAUGUGCUGAUUCGAAAACUUAUCACGGAGUCAAUGACGGUUUCAAGUUCGGCUACGAACACCCCUGCCAUUCCUUAUGUAAUUGACCGUCUUCUUAAGCAGCUCAGGAAAGAUGGAUGUUUGAACUUGUCUGAGUCACUUUUCUUCAUUGGAGCCAAAAGUAGACUUGACUACUUUUUAGUAGCUUAUAAAUGGGUAAAGGAGUUGAACUUCGUUAGACAUCUGAAUGUUGAUUUUACAAGAAAAGGUACUUUUGACUGGACAAGAGAAGUGCGGAAUCAUCCUGUUCUGGGCCAACUUUUCCGAAAGAGUUCGUACAGCACGUUUCCUGGAUGCUUUCUACGCUUCUGUAGGAAUGCUUGUGAGCACUUCCCGGCGAACAUAAAUGGUCACCGGUACGAGUAUGAAAAACAAUGGCAGAUGUUAUAUGCUGUCUGGCCAAAGUUUUUCGACAAAUUGCAUGGAUUUUUGUGCCAUAAUAAGAUAUACAUUUUCGGGCUUGAUGGGGACAGAGUCUGAUCAGAGUAAAGAAGAGGUUUGAAUCGGAAAGCAUCUGCUUUUGGAUAGUCGCAGGUUACACUCAACCUUUUGUCAUUACAUGCUAAUAAGCUUUGGCAAGUUAAGAAGUAAUUGCUAAGAAGCUAUUGUGUUGUUUCGACGUAACUUCUUGAUUUUUGAUGGAGUCUUGAAUGUUCAAGUUCUGGAAUAUCGUCUACGAAAAUUUGGAUCCUAACUUCUACUCUUUUAUGCUGGUCAAGUGUUCUUCUCCUGGUCAUUUUAAUUGAUGUUUCUUGUUGAACUUGCCUUAUUUCUGCUUCACGGGUGAAUUUGGACGAAUCUUCUAUAUGUGCCAAUCAAUCUAUCGAUCUUGCUGUUGUGAGUGCAACAUUUAGUAACCUUGUAGGUCUACGAAUGAAUGGAUGCACAUAUAAUUAAUUACUCUAAAUCAAUAUAUCAACAUCUUAUGUCCUUUUUACGCUAUGUAGAUCACUAUCGUCAACCUGACUUCUAUUUUUCUUGUGUGAUGUGAGUUUUAACAUCAUGUUCAAUCUUGUUGCUAAUGUUUUUGUACACUUCUUUUUAACUGAAGGGUGAGACAUGAUGAUCGUAGCUGAGGGUGUGGUGCUAAAGCUAAGGCGUGGCAAUGUUUCAGUGGGAAUCAUUUUGUGGCUAGUCUCCGUUGCCCUUGUGAAAAACACUAUUUUUGUGGUGGCUCGGCUCUUAUUUUGCCUUCUCAUCGUCAUUGACUCAUUGAUCCCACUUGCUACUAAAUUUUGUGCUCGAGAAUGACAAUUCUCAUAGCAUUUACUCUCUUUCACUUUUCAUGAGCGUAUGAGAGAGCGCUUUUAUAUACAUAUAUUAGGUUCACUGGUUAGGCAUAACUUGUGUAACACUUUUCGUCAUUGGCCCAUAGGCAAACAUGUCUCAACAUCUGGUUAUUGCAGACAUACAAAAUCAUCUCAAAGGACAUAGGAACACAGAUUCGCGGAACCUCUUCAUUGUUCCAAACAGUAAACACAUAACUACUAUCAUAAAAGCAUAACCAUUAAUAGCUCAUUAAUCAAUCAAUGAAAUAUCU